AUGGGGUCGAUGGUGUGGGAAAGGCUCUGGAUGCGCGUGAAGCCUGUCGUGUGGCCACGCUGGACAUGGAGAUACGUUCUUUGCUGCUGUGUCGCCACCUAUGUCGCCUACUGCACUGUUUUCUCCGCCCCAGCUUUGUCAUCGAAGCUACCACCAUACACUGGUCCUUACUCUGUGGGCGCAAUCGAUGUCGAGCUCCCUGUCGAGACUCGAUCCAUCCAUAAUGCGACAUUCAAAGACGGUGGCCACCCGGCUUUCCAGUUGGAAACUGUCUUGUUCACUCUCUAUUAUCCCUCCGACAAGGACGCAGUCCCAACCAAACCGCAGCAUUUUUGGGUUCCAAAGCCGCUCAGGGUGACGGGCAAGGGAUAUGCUCGAGUCGCCCGCAUCAGCAACUUUGUCACUAAUGCAUUGCUCACGCUUGGACUGUGGGCAUUAGUAGGAAACACCAGAAUCCCAGCGCACGUCGAUGUUCCUCUACAUCAAUCUCCGGUGGUGCAACUCCAGCUGCCAGAUUUCGAAGACUAUCCUAUCACGCACGAAGAUGGCUUUCCGGUCAUGGUCUUCUCGCACGGGAUGGCUAGUUCUCGGACCCAGUACACUCAGUAUGUCGGGGAGCUUGCAAGCCGUGGAAUUAUUGUAGCUGCCAUUGAACACCGGGAUGGCAGUGGACCGGGCACUAUGAUCAUGAAGCACGGCUCCAAACCACGGAUUUUGCAUCAUUUCGACGUCCGCCACUUGAAGAGCGACUCUCAGUUGGACAGUGACACAUUCAAACAGGCCCAGCUCGAUUUCCGGCAAGCCGAGGUCGAGGAAACUAUUCGAACACUAGAGCAUAUCAACGUGGGUGGUGGCGAAGAGGUCUUCGUGUCAAACUCCCGAUCCGAAGGCCAAUAUCUACAUCAGUGGGAAGGGCGACUGGCCUUAAACAACACAACAAUGGGAGGACAUUCAUUCGGAGCUACUUUAGCCCUCCAAACACUAAAGCAAGGCCCUUCCAAGCUUCUCCCAUUUCAAGGUGCUGUUGCUCUUGAUCCUGGAAAGCAGAGCGGACCUCUCAACCACGAUGUCCAGGUGCCGACUCUAAUUCUCCAUUCAAAUUCAUGGUCUAAAAGCUAUUCUAUCUUUUUUGGCAGACCUCAUUUCGACGUUGUCAAGGAUGUUGUCCAGGGUGUUUUAAGAAGAGGGAAGGAUGCAUGGUUUCUUACAUCCUUGGGUACAUCCCAUCCGUCAGUCACGGACGCGCCACUGAUUGAGCCAUGGCUGCUCCGGUGGACCACGGGCUCCACGAUCGACGCGCACGAAGGUGUCAAUCAAUAUGUCAAGGUGUCAGAGAAGUUUCUCCGGUACCAAAGUACAGGGACAAAGAGAGGGAUCUUGUCCCAAUGCGUUACGCACCCAGAGUAUAAUAUGGAAGACAAGAACAGCACGGCUUCGGCACCUUUGCCCAAGGAGAUCCGAAAAUACUGGCAGAUCCAUGUCGCGCCGUGUGGUGCAGAAGAAGAAGACUCAUAG